AACAAAAAUCAAAACAAACAUUCCUUCGUCAAAUUAACCGCUAAAAAACAGAAAAAUGACCGAUUUUGACGAUUCUUUCGACACAGCAUUAGCUUCUUUGGAUCUCCCGCCGCCCGCAAAACUUUCAGCCGUCGUCGAAACCCCUUCGGAAGACGUUUCUUUGUCACAAACUGCCACAAAAAAGGUCCUCAAACAAAAUUGCGUGCUCGUGAAUCCAAAACAACGCGGAAAUCCCAUCCUCAAAUCCAUCACAAACGUCGCUUGGGAAUGGGACGACAUCGUCCCCGACUACAUUGUGGGCUCUACAACUUGUAUCCUGUACUUAUCCUUAAAAUAUCACAAUUUAAAUCCGGAUUACAUUCAUCAACGCUUAAAAUCUCUCGGAAAAAUGUUCGAAUUACGGAUUUUGCUUGUCCAAGUCGACGUCAAAGAGCCACAUAAUGCGUUAAAAACCCUCACACGAAUUUGUUUAUUGGCUAAUUUGACGUUAAUUCUCGCCUGGAGCUUCGAGGAAGCCGGAAAUAUUGUUGAAACGUACAAAAUGUAUGAAAAUAAGCCGCCUGAUAUGAUAAUGGAGAAGAGCGAGGACGAUCCGCAUACGAGAUUAUGUGUCGCUUUAACGAAUAUCAAGCCUGUGAAUAAGACAGAUGCGAUGACAUUGCUCGCUAACUUCGGUACAUUGGAAAAUUUGAUAAACAGCAGUGAGGAAAAGUUGGGCAGUGUCUCGGGUUUGGGUCCGAGAAAAGUUUCAAAGUUGUUUAAAACGCUAAAUGAGCCUUUUUUGAAAUAAAUUUCCCCGAUUUUUUGCGUUAAAUCUUCAAAAAUUGUUUUAUUUGAAUUUUUCGCGGGUCAUUUCACGGGAUUUUCAGCUUAGAAUCCGCCGCUUCCGCCCCAGCUGGCACCGGGAGCAGCAGCUGCAGUCUCCUCGUUCCAGUCCUCGACGACGGGAGCAUUUGUCGAGACAGCGGGAACUUCAGCUUCAUCGGCCCAGUUCUCCGUAACUUCGGCAAUUGGUUCGUCGCCCAUGUACGGCGCGGCAUCCUUGACCGGAGCAACAGCUUCCUUGGCAGCAGCUUCGUCCUUUUCAGCUUCCUCGGGUUCGCGGUAGAAGAACAAGUCGGGCAUGACGUCCCAUUUUUGUUCGCGCGAAAUUUUUCCACGGAGACGCAAGACUUCGCGUGCCAACAACCACCACAUCAAGCCAAUGGAGUAGGGAGACUUGGUGUUGCAUGGAAUUGCAAUGUC